CUCAAGAAAAGACGCAAUCAAUGGUUUGUGGUGUUAAAAUAUUUUCGGAUUUUCGUUGCAAUAUUAAAUGAAACUGUUCAUCGCGAUGAAACAAUUUACAAAUUUGUUUAAAUUUUAAAUAGUUGAUAGAUGAUGUGAUUAUUGCUGUGGAUCAUCAGUAUAGUAACGAAUCUCAUAUUAUAUGUGUGUCAUAAUACGAAAAGAAGUGACGAAGGUUGUGUAUAAUAUAGCUAGUGUGUGAAUACAAUAUGACAAUAAAAGAGAUAAUCGUGUCAGUGGCGGAUCAAUUAGCGUACAGCCAAGUUUCUAAAGUAACAACUUCCGAAUUCACUUUUAAUCUAGUCACACGGACUACGCCAAAAGUGUUGUUAAUAUUUGCAUUUGUCAUCACGAUACGCCAGCUCUUUGGAAAUCCAAUUGAAUGCCAACCAGAUCCGAGCUAUGAAAAAUACACAAAACAAAUUGAAACCAGAUGUUGGAUAGAAGGUAGUUACAUAAUCCGCGAGCAUUUAGAAGGAACAAUUGGAAAGAAUCUCGUCAACUAUGGCAUCGGUACGAAGAUGAGAAACGAGGAGCGAAUGUAUCAAACUUACUACCAAUGGGUGACACCGUCUCUGCUGAUCAUGGCAUUGAUAUUUUACUUUCCGCAUUUUGUGUGGCAUAACUGGGAAGGUGGGACAAUGGAGAAGUUAUUGAAAGAUAUCGACUCACCGUACAUUCAGGAGGACUGUUGGAACAAUCAACGAGAAAGACUUUUACGAUAUAUGCAUGGGCCCAAACGAUACCAUCGUCACUACGCAAUUAAAUAUUAUCUUUGCGAGUUCAUUGCACUGUGCGCAUUGGUGUUCAACAUGAACAUGAUGUCCGUGGUGUUCAAUAACUUUUGGGUCGAAUAUUUUCCGGCGAUACGAGCACUUCUUAACCAUAACUUCGAAGAUUUCACCAAACAAUCAUCGGUUCUGUUCCCAUCGCAGGCCAAAUGCGACUAUUUCAACUUUGGUAGCAGUGGAAGUAUUCAGCAUAUCGACGCGUUGUGCAUUCUACCACAAAAUGUUGUUAAUGAGAAAAUUUUCGUUUUUCUCUACUUCUGGAUGAUUAUGUUGCUGUUCUUCUCGUUCUUUCACGUCAUUUGUGUGGCGGUGAAGGUCAUUUAUCAGUGUAGGAAGGACAAAGAGUUCGGUUUCUAUCUCGUUCAAGCAAUAAUUAAGAAAAAUCUGAGUCCUGUUCUUGUCGAAGACUUGCUAGAAGCAAAAAAAGUGAAUCCUCAAUAGCAGUUAAUAGCCGGCAAUGCGGCAGAAACCCAUUUAGGUCGACCAAAAUAUCCAGAUAGUGACUGACCGCAACUGCCAAUGUAUAUAUCAUCGUUUUAAGUAUUUUGUCGCUAGUGUGAUCUAGGUUACAGCUCAAUAUUACCGGACGCGUAUUCUUCGAAACUAGUCGAAAUUUUAAGUUUAAUUCGAGAUGAAAUUAAGCGAGACAAUUCUUGCGUAAGUGAUUUGGAGAAAAAAUAUUCUUCAAUAUCGACAUGAAUGACCUGCAUUAAAUAGUUUAAAGUUCUAACUUUUUACAGCUGGUUUGACCUAUCAGGUUUUUAAAUACAAAUUCCAGGAUGUCCUGAAAUCUUCACUGGUCAGGUUAGAAAUAAAAGCGUGGUCCAGGUCAACACUGGUUUUAAGUAAUUGCAGUUCAAGCUCGGGCUAAUCUAUCUCGAGCGUCUAACAAAUUCAAAUUCUAACAUCCUCAUAGAAACUGAUAGUUGAAAGUAGGAAAAGGCAAAUUAAACCAUCAUUUGUCCUGCACAAAAAAUUUACGUCUGGUGAUAGGUAUGGACUCAUUAAAUAAGUGUCAUAAUAUGUCAGUGACCGAACACCGUCAAAAUUCACGAACAAGUUCCUCAAUGUCUUCAAUGUAUAAACAUGUCCAAGGACUUUUCCAUAGAUUGCACUAUUAGACAAGUGGAUGGUGAAGUUUCAUUUAUUUCUAACUUAUUCAGCCAAACGAAACAUGCAAUCUCUAUAGAUCGAACAGUGUGGUCUAAGUGAUAACUACUUGAUAGGGAAGCUGAAUGAAGCUACUAGAGUGAGAACUAUGAUGGAUUGUUUUCGCUGUAUAUCUGAAAUUCUUCGGCCUAGCGUGCAAGGCUGUAAAAUUUGCGGAGGACGCAGAUAGCCAUUUUAUUAGAUACGCGGAAACACACCACGCCUGAUGAUUUUACAUAAAAAACGACGACAAGAGGUGAAUAUAUGCGUGACCUCUUCAAGGUUGCUUGUGUGUGCAAUAAAAUAUUUGCUUAUCGAGAUGUGUUAGUGAACUGAUAAAGGAUAACCCUAACCCAUUGUAUAAAAUCAGGUUUUAAAAUUAAUACAACAAGUGUUGUCACAACUAACAAACAACGUGAGAAACUUCCAUUUUUUAAAAAAUCCACAAUUUCCAUCGACAUUCAGUUAGGUCUUUUUAGAUUUUGAAAUACUAGAUUUUGCAUUUAAUUAGAACAACGUGUACAUAGCGCACCAUAUCACUAAAUCUAGUACUUCGGAAUAUUAACUGCAAAGUGGAUAAAUAUAUUUGUGUGUUCGUAGGAAGAUCAAUACACAUCAAAUCAUAUAAAGAGUUUCUAAGAUAAUUUUGUUGGCUGGAGGAUUAUGUUUUUGCUAAGUUUAUUUCGAAAACGUAGACUAGAGUAUACGAAAAUUGAGAGUAUUUAUACUGUAAGUUAAGACGAAUUCUAUUUUUUAUUAGACCGAUAAGUUAUGAGUAUAAGUAGUGUCUUAUGAAUUGUGUACUUAAUUUAUUACUCAGGAAUAAUAAAGUUGAAAUAACGACUUCCGCUAAAUUAAAAAUUAGCUUGACAACUAAUUUUAUUAAUCCUACAAA